GGAAGUCUUGUCGUUGUUGCUGCUGGCAGAACACAGGCCGCAGUGAUUUGGUAGCCGCUGCAGUAGGAGGAAGGACCGCGGUUCUACCCCUUCUAUCUUUCAGUUUCGCGUCGAAAUUUUAACGGUGGUUCCUUCUGGUAGCGAUCAUUAAAUUGAGUGUACAGUAACGGUGUUCUAGGAUAACUAAGUUGUAGCAUUACCAACGGCCAGUGACAUCAAUCGUCUUUUUAAUUGCACGUUUUCCCUGACAGAACCGCUAGCACAACAAUGGCUCUGAAAAGAAUUCACAAGGAGUUGAACGACUUGGCACGGGACCCACCAGCCCAGUGUUCUGCAGGACCAGUAGGAGAUGACAUGUUUCACUGGCAAGCCACAAUAAUGGGACCUAAUGACAGUCCUUACCAGAGCGGGGUUUUCUUCUUGACCAUACACUUUCCCACAGACUACCCCUUCAAACCGCCAAAGGUUGCAUUUACCACAAGAAUCUACCACCCAAAUAUCAACAGCAACGGCAGCAUUUGUCUUGACAUUCUGCGAUCACAGUGGUCUCCAGCUCUCACCAUCUCCAAAGUCCUCCUGUCCAUCUGCUCUCUGCUGUGCGACCCAAACCCGGAUGACCCCUUAGUACCCGAGAUCGCCCGCAUCUACAAGACGGACAGGGAAAAGUACAACAAAAUAGCUCGGGAAUGGACACAAAAGUAUGCAAUGUAGUGUUGGGGUAGAAUCAUGGCCAACCACCUCUACGACAUAAGAUUAGGGGAGCUUCAGACGUAAAGAGAAAACAAACAAAAAACCAUUCAAACAAAUGAAAAGUUUAAAACAAGAUCUUGUUGGUUUCCAUUGGAGUGCUUUCUUUGAGCCACGCCUCCCCUUCACCAGAGUACCUGUAAAACUCCCUCUGCCCCACUCCCUACAUUUUCUCUUUCUCUCUCCCUUCUUCCUCUGUCUCUGUUUGACUCCGCCCCCCUCCCCCCUCCCGCCUCUCAGCUCACCCGCCCACCCUCCAGUGUACAUAUUGUCAACUUGCAAUGGUAAUACCCAUCUCUCCUUACUCCUUUUACACCACCUCCCUCCCUUGUGACCUCUGACCCCAUCUCCUGACUUCUGUAUUCCAUUACAUUUUGUCACCAUGCAGGUUGGGCUGUUGCAGCCCCCCCCCUUUUUUUUUUCCUACACGCCUGCAUCCUCACCCACCUUCCCAGACAUCACUAAAAGCAUUCCUUGGAGCAUCUGUAAAACUUUGAUGGGACCUUUAUUUUUUUCUUUAUUUCCCUAAUUUUUUAGGGGGGUGGGGGGACAAUAAGGUAGAGGGAUUUUUACACUCUGCACCAUUUCUUGUUUUGUUGUCCUUGUAAUUCCCAUCUGUAGAGGUGACAAUUCAAGAAAGCAGUUUUUCGCACGCGAGUCGAAGGGCACUCUGUAUUUUAUACAAUAAAUACGUAAAAGAAAUCAUUGCAGAAAAUAGAAAAAAAUGCACAUGGCCUAUUUUGGUCUUCUGUUGGAUUCUAUGAAAGGACUUGAAUUUAUCCCCACACCUCCUGCUCCUGACUCCCCUCCCACCCUACCUAAUCCAAGUUGACCCCUUGAUACACACACAUAGACACACAUGCACGCACAAAUGUAACCCCAUGUCACCCCCACCACUACCACCAACUUUUCUUUAUUCACAAAGUGGAGGUUCUGGACCAGGUAUUUAAGCAAGUUAUUUUUCUUAGUUUAACCUGUGUUUUUAUUCCCUCCCCCCUCCCCGCCAUAACUCUUUAGGUUGCUUUUUUUUGUUUUCUUUUUUUGUUUUUUGCUAUUGUUAAAUUAGAGGCUAACAUCUUAAAUGGCUAUGGGACUGGCUUGGGCUCUGGGUGCGAGGAGAACCCACUCUUCUUGCACAAAACCUCUGUAUAUUGAAUUACCUGAGAGGCUCGUUGAGCUUUGUGUGUUGAUUAAACUGUGUAAUAAAAA